AUGGCAAGUGGGAAUGAUAUAGAAAAGGGUCUAGUGAAUGGAAGCGAUUCAAUUAAUGCAGAACGCGGAGGCAUAAAUGUUGAACAAUUGAAAAUCACCUUAAACACAAAGAUUUUGAAGGCCGACUCACCUUUGCCUUCUACAUGUUGCAUCUUCAGAGUCCCCGAGGUUCUACGACGACAAAAGGAACAUGUAGACGAACCUGAAGACCCAAAUGCAGCUGCCCCCACACCAAAGUUGACCAACGGUACCAACCACUUGCCACAGAGGAUACCUAGUGCUGCUACUCUUACAGAAGCAGGCGUUAAAUUUAGAAAACCCAAAGAACCCGAGGCAGGUUCGCCAGGAGGUUGCAUACUGAACAUAACGUUCAAAGACGGCGUUUUCACGAUUCCUCCUCUAGCUAUCGAUGAGAGGACAGAUCCUUUGUUCAGGAACCUCAUGGCCUACGAGCAGUGUUAUCACAGUUGCACCCACAAGAUAACAUCCUACGCCGUUUUGAUGGAUAAUCUCAUCGAUACGGCAAAGGACGUGGAUCUUCUAUGUGAGAAAGGGAUAGUAGCCAACUGGUUGAGUUCUGAGGAUGCUUCCAAGUUCUUCAACGAUCUAUACAAUGAUACUACAGUCAUCGACUUUGUCUACAAGGGACUCUGCACGAAGGUGAAUGACUAUCAUAAUGAUAGAUGGAACAGGUGGAUGGAGAAAGCAAGAAGUGAUUAUUUUGAUACACCAUGGUCUAUUAUCGCUUUUGCUACAGCUUUUGUCCUCCUCGUCCUCACCUUCUUGCAGACCAGGAUCUUAAUGGACAAACUAGCACAAUACGAGCGUGUUUUCAAUCAAUUCGAUGGAAACGGAGACGGGAAGAUAUCACCUAUGGAGCUCCAACAAUGCGUUGAGGCAAUAGGAGGCGAGCUUUCGUCAUCGGAGGCUGAGGCGGCGGUGGAGUACUUAGAUUCCGACAGAGACGGGCUGCUGGGUUUCGACGACUUCGUAAAGUUUGUCGAAGGAGGAGAUGAGGAAGAGAAGGUGAAUGAUUUGAGGGAGGCGUUUAAGAUGUACGACACGGAUGGAUGUGGGUGCAUUACGCCCAAGAGUUUGAAGAGGAUGCUGAGUAGACUUGGUGAAUCGAGAAGUGUUGAUGAGUGCAAGGUCAUGAUUGCUAAGUUUGAUCUCAACGGGGAUGGUGUCCUCAAUUUUGAUGAGUUUAAGGUCAUGAUGUUUUGA